UAAUUUUUUUGUUUCAUGUGACCACGUAUAGUUUUUCCUUUUGCUCCAGACCUUCCCAGGCAGUUCUUCCUGUGUGUUGAGCAGCAUGAAACCUAACAAUUAUUUACUGUGCUCUAACAUCUGGAAGGAAGUAGCCACCUCUUUCCAGCCACAGCCUCCCUCUCAUAGCUCGGGGGUUGUACUGUAGUAGGUUGGAUGCAGCUAACUUCUCGAGCAGCAAGACAUUCUCUGAUAUUUUCAGUUCUUUGCAACAGGCUUCAUGAACUCUGGCUUCACAAUACAAGACAUUCAAGGAUUUAAGUUUUGAUUUUUUACAGAAUUUUGUUUCUGAGAAUGGCAGAAUGAAAAACAAGAUAAGCGGUCCUGAGGCUCAGUGAGAUUUGGAAUUAUAUCACUGCAAAGACAUCUGAGACUGAUAAAGACUGAAAAUUCUCUGCGAGUACUUAUUGCUGUUCCAUCAAGCUAUCUAAUUUUUGGGUAAGAAAAGAUCUGAACAUUUCCCUGCAUGAAGAAAAUAGAAAGAAAAUUCUGAAGCACACCAAUAAGGUAGAAGAGCUGAAUUGUGAAAGCAGUGGAAUAAAUCAGAAUGGACAACUACAAGACAGAAAUGGAGUUACUCAGCAACAGUAUAGCAGCAUACGCUCACAUAAGAGAACAUCCAGAAAGUUUUGGCCUGUAUUUUGUCCUUGGUGUAUGCUUUGGGCUGAUACUAAGUCUGUGUCUACUAGUGAUUCGCAUUUCCUGUCGACCUCGUACAGAAAGGGUUCUUCCAAAGAAAAAGGCUAUUCUUAAGGACUGCAGUCGAGAGGAUGAAGAGGAGGAAGAGGACAGUGAUGGCAAUGAUGACGCUGAUGUUGCUGUUCCAAUGACAGAGAUUCCAACAGCAAAUCACAGUCCAUCUGAUGGCACUCUUACUGUCAAUGUUUUUGCUUCUGCAGAAGAACUAGAACGUGCUCAGCGCCUAGAGGAAAGAGAACGCAUUAUACGGGAGAUCUGGAGAAACGGACAGCCAGAUAUUCUGGGAACUGGGACUGGAACAAUUGGCAGAGUUCAUUAUUAUUGAUUUAGAAUGGUUUAAAUUAUGCCUUAUUUGACAUUAAUGUCAGCCACUGGUACCUAUAAACUUCUUGUUUCUGGUUUUCCAGGUGUUGUUAAGUAAGUCAGCACCUCUGCAACUGAAUACAGGAAGUGUUUUGUCUUCUCAGAGAAUGCAGUCAAGCCUUAAGAUUUAAAUGCAACAGAUAAAUAGGAAAUGUGGGUGCUAGCUAUUUGCUGAAUGCACUUUGUUAUCUUUGAAAUGCAAGAUGCCAAUAAAGUUUGAAGUAACACCCUGGAUCUACCUACAAAGACCUAGGCUAGGACUUGUACUUAGAAGCCCAGUAUUAGUUGGUUUCUUAGCUAUACUGCUAUAUUUCAAUUUCUUGUUUUUAAUUAUAUUUUUCUGAAUUAUGUGUGUAGGUAUUAUCAGUGACACCUGGCCACUAGACGUUGAAUAUCUUUCAAUAUUUGUUCUUUAAAACUUUGAACUUUUUAAAGACUGGUGCUUGAGACGAUAUGAGAAUUCACUGAAAUGCAUGGAAAUAAUGGAAAAAUCCUAAUUAUUCAAGGAAUAAUUUCAACUGGAAGUUUAAUGGCAUGCUGAAUGCCCAAGCCAUACAUACAUAUCUUUCCAGAGUGUUAAAAAUCAGGGCACCUCCAUUACAUCUGUACAAUACCAGGAAGCACUGGCUUCUUUGUGUUUUACUACAAAAGAUAGCUUAAGUACUAUGCAGUCACCACUGUCUCAGAAGCACUAAUGGCUGAGACUCAGAGAUGACUGUGGCAUGUUUGCACUCUGCUAAUAUUCAGGCAUUGCUACACGAGGUGGCUUAAUGAUAAUAAAAUAUGCAUCACACAUUUCCUUAGACCUGCCUCGAGCUUUGCAUCACCGAUAUUUCAUGCUGCACUGUGAGGUAUCUGUCUAUGAGCUACAUUCUAAAUUCAGUAACCCAGCCAGUCAUUAGCUUUGUCAUGAAGAACUAUCAGCACCCACAUAUAAUGAAGAGUGGAAUUCAGAAAGCACCUCAGAAAUAACCACAGAGCUCACUGCAGGGCAGUUGGUGAGAAACUAUCAGCCUAAACUGCUGUGUAGCAGCAGUCGCUACAGCUUUAUUUUAUCAGGUUUGUAGUGCACAAGUCACAGCUAACAUACUUUUCAUUUUGGCUCAAGACUCUGACAUAGUCUAAUUAAAUUUGCCCAGAUAAAUCCUUAAAUGGAUAAGAGUAUGCAUCUGAAGAGUACAGUAGAAUUUUGCAAUGGUUUGAAGGUAAUAGGUUCAAGCAGUCCCUGCACACAGAAGCAUAUGUAUUUCUUGUUCACAUUUUAUAUUUUGUGUGUUUAGCAUUAGAUGUGCAGAAAUGAGUGUCAUUCCUUGAACUUCAUAGCUUAGAUCCAUAUGUUAGGUUCAUAGGUUCAUAGGUUAUGACAUUGGUGGUGAUAUGUUUAAGGUUAGAGGCCAACACAGAAAACAAAUUCCAGUACAUCUGUAUCAUAAGCCUCAUAACGAGCAAUCUACCUAGUAGAUUUUUGAACAUAUUUGGAGACAUUAUUUCCUAAUAAAUAGUGGCAACUUGGUCCGCAUUAUUGGCAUUAUUUGUGGCACAAGUUUUCUUUGGUUGUUAUACAAGAAGAAGUAGUAAAGAAUGUACUUUUAUCCUAAGUGUUUUCAAAUUGUUAUUUAGUUCUGGGACAAGUGUACGUCAUAAAAACUUCACUAUUUAAGGUCUUAUAUGCCAAACAGAGCCUGCUGUCUUGAUCCCAGCAUACAAUAGCCCUCAUUACUAUAGAAUGGUAUAACACAGUCCUAAAUAAAGAUAGUUUAAAGAAAACAGAAUGAGGAAAAUAAUUAUUUACACUUUAAAAGAAGAGAUGCAUGACUAAAAACAAUUGUACAAACAAGCUGGGCUUCGUGGCACUUAUUGCCUCCGGUGAAAUUAAUGCCUUUUUUUACAUCAGAACAGUGAUAAUUUAAAAAAUUUAAACCACGGAUAGCUGUAAGGUACGUUUAACUUUUUAAAAGUAUAACGUGAAUAAAUGAAUAACUCCAUCCUAUCCUUUUUUUUUUGCUUAAUAGGGUUCAAUGAAAUAUUGAAUAACUUCUGUCUACCAACAUGUUCAUGGGUUAGAAAAUACUGCUUUCACUUAUUUUGUCGUAGCUAGAAUUUCAUUCAUAAUGAUGUAAAAGUUGACUAUUAUUGUACAUUUAUUUAGUUAUUUUCCAAAACCAUUUUUAUCUAGAUCAGGGUUUCCUGUAAGCAACAGGCUUAAUCCAUUACAGGACAUGUGUGCAUCCAGUCCCAUACACCCUGACAGACAGAUGGUCAGGCAGACAGACACACAAGCACUCAUAUUCGUGUGUGUACACACACACACACACACACACACACACACACACACACACACACACACACACACACACACACACACACACACAGUUAUGGGCAAUUUUAGAGAAUCUCAAAUUCAUCUACUAGCAUGGUUUGGGAUGUGGAAAGAAACUGAAGCCUUAACAAAAUCCCACUCAUAGGAAGACAUGCAUACCAUGUAGAGAAGUCACCCCAUCAAAAAAAAUUGAGACACAAGCACUGAGUUACCCGUGUUCUAUUGCUUCCAUUCAAGUGACCAUUGCAUAUACUACCCAGUCCUGUUUCCCCAAAAUUUAUUUUCGGCCACUGCAUUUCCCAUUGCAAUACUUGAGCUACAACGCUCUGGUUUGUAUACCUAUGCAUGAUGUUUCUGUUUACAUUCGGUGUUUAAUAAUGACGAGACCUUUUGUCACCCUUCAAAGAAAUUAUUCAAUAAAUAUCAGUUUAAAAGAACUCUGUGACAGCAUUCAGACGUCCUUCUUAUUGAUCAAUGUUGUGGUAGUAUUCUUGGUAAUGGGAAUUAGCCACAUGCAUAUCUAACUGCCUAGCUGUAGUAAUACAGACAGGCCCACUCCCAGCACUGGGAUAUAAUACUCCCCCCCCCCCCCCCAUGAUGGGUGUAUUUUUAAGUUGCUUUUUUUUUUGAGAAAUAUUGAGGUCACUCAGUCCAGUUUUCAGCCUCCAAGUUCCAUUUUGCAAAGAUUUUGGAAUACUGAGUGCCCCAGUGGAGGAAGUCUUUUUAUUUGUUUACCAUUUUACUUUAUUUUUUCCUAAUAAAAGAUUCCUAACAACAAACUAAAACAAUACGUGAGAAGGUUACUGAAAAAAC